AUGGCAAAGAUCAAGGGGUACGAAGAAUCUGCGAAGGAAGCUGCGCAACAAGAGAAACAAGAAACGCUAGAGGCAGCAGAAGCGGCAAGGAAGAAAGCUGCACGAGAAGAUAGAAUGGAAACUCUAGUAGCAGCGGCAGUGUUGAAAAAUAUUGCAGAGAAAGAACUCAGGCAGUAG